UUCCCAGGCAUAUUCCAUUUCUUGCAGUUUGCUGAAAUCGAAAAAUCAUGCCACCCAAGCCAAGCGGAAAGGGACAGAAGAAGGCCGGUAAGGCCAAGGGUGCCCCAAGCACCAACAAGAAGAGGAAGCGCAAGAGAAAGGAGAGCUAUGGCAUCUACAUCUACAAGGUGAUGAAGCAGGUGCACCCCGACACUGGCAUCUCAAGCAAGGCCAUGAGCAUCAUGAACAGCUUCGUCAAUGACAUCUUCGAGCGUAUUGCCGCCGAGGCUUCCCGCCUGGCCCACUACAACAAGAAGUCCACCAUCACCAGCCGUGAGGUGCAGACCGCUGUCCGUCUCCUCCUGCCCGGUGAGCUGGCCAAGCACGCCGUCAGCGAAGGCACCAAGGCCGUCACCAAGUACACCACCUCCAAAUAGACGGUGUACAGAAAACCAUCAAACCAACCGGCUCUUUUCAGAGCCACCAACAAUUCAAAAAAGAGAUUGGGAUGCAUGUCUGUGAAUUAUUUAUUAAAGUUCAAUUAGGCUUAGGCCCCAUUAAAGUGGAUUUUGCGGGUUGCUUUUUUUUUUA